AUGACUGGAAAACGCCAAGCUGCCCCGUCUGCACCAGGCAGCCCAAUCAUACCCAGCCGCUCGCCGAGCACCACUGUGAUGCCAACACCUAAGCUGGUGCAACCUGAAGGACAAAACCCGAGGAAGUUUAUGAGUGAGCUGCACCGUCCCCACAUGCCGUCGUGGGCCGUUGUCGCCCUGUGUUUUGUGAGUCUGUGCGUGGCGCUGUCAUGCACUCUGUGUGUAUGGAAGAAGUGCUGGAAAAAGAAGGAGAAGGAGAAAGAAAAGGAGAAGAAGAAGGGAAAAGAGAAGAGCAAGGGGGGCUGUGACACUGAAAUGGAUGGAGGCUACACUGAGCCUCUGAAGGAUGAAGCUGAGAAAGAGACAAGGCUGUCAGAAAUACAGCCCAGAGAGGAGGAGAAGCUGGGCAGGCUACAUUUCUCGUUGGACUACAAUUUUACAGAGAAUACGCUGGUUGUGGGCAUCCUGCAGGCGGCCGAGCUCCCAGCCAUGGACGUGGGAGGGAGCUCGGACCCUUAUGUCAAAGUUUACCUGCUCCCCGACAAGAAGAAGAAGUUCGAGACCAAAGUCUACCGGAAGACCCUUGAUCCCAACUUUAACGAGACCUUCACUUUUAAGGUGCCAUACACCGAGCUGGGUGGGAAGACUCUGGUGAUGACGGUCUAUGACUUUGACCGCUUCUCCAAGCACGAUGCCAUUGGUGCAGUGAGAGUGCCGAUGAGCAGCGUGGACUUCAGCCAGUCGCUGCAGGAGUGGAGGGACCUACAGAAGGCGGAGAAGGAGGAGAGUGAGAGACUUGGGGAUAUAUGUCUAUCCUUGAGGUAUGUGCCCACAGCAGGGAAGCUGACAGUUGUGGUCCUGGAGGCCAAAAAUCUCAAGAAGAUGGAUGUGGCCGGAUUGUCAGACCCUUAUGUGAAGAUCCACUUGAUGCAGAAUGGGAAAAGACUGAAGAAGAAGAAAACCACCAUAAAGAAAAACACUCUGAACCCUUACUACAACGAGUCAUUCAGUUUUGAAGUGCCAUUUGAACAGAUAGAGAAAGUCCAGAUAGCCGUGACUGUGUUGGACUAUGACAAGAUUGGGAAGAACGACGCCAUUGGGAAGGUGCUGCUGGGAGGUAGCAGCAGCGGAACGGAGCUGCGCCACUGGUCAGACAUGGUGGCCAACCCCCGGCGACCUAUCGCCCAGUGGCACGGCCUGAAACCAGAGGAUGAAGUCAACGCCGUCAUGUCAAACAAGAAAUAA